AUGUCGUCUUCAUCGUCCCCGACCGCCGAGCAAGAACCGCUGCUCCAGCCCGUCGAUUCCCCGAAUAGUGACAUCGCCAGCUACAACAGCACAUCAAAAUCCUCGAUCGACGAAGAGGAGGCACCACGCGGCCGGAGCAACCUUCUUGAUCGGUCGGUGGAGAAUGAUGUCCUUCCAGAGACGGCGGUCCUGGGCCGCAACCUGGGAUGGAGCAGUGCAUACAUCCUGAUCAUGUCCCGUGUUAUAGGCAGCGGGAUCUUCGCAACUCCCGGUGCGAUUGUGCAGUCAGUGGGAAGCUUCGGAAUCACGUUGUUGCUCUGGGUAGUCGGUGCUCUGAUAGCUUGGUUGGGUUUAGCGAUUAGUUUGGAGUAUGGGUGCAUGUUGCCAAGGUCCGGAGGGGACAAAGUUUAUCUCGAGUUCGUCUACCGACGUCCGCGGUUCUUGGCUUCUGUUCUUAUCGCAGUUCGCUCCGUCCUUCUUGGGUUUACCGCCUCCAACUGCAUUGUGUUCGGCGAAUACAUCUUAUAUGCUCUCAAAAGAGAACCGUCACAGGCCGAAGGAAAAGUUCUCGCUCUUGGAUUGCUCACUACUGUCGUUAUCAUCCACAGCUGCUUUCUAAAGACUGGAAUCCUUAUUCAAAAUGUGCUUGGCUGGAUCAAAAUCGCUCUGGCCAUUUUUAUGCUCUUUAUAAGUCUUUUCGUGGUCCUUUUCCGGAGAAAUGAGGAUAUAAACAGCGCCUCUCAACUCACAAUCAAUAACAGCUCUAUCUGGGAUGGUUCGGUGUGGAACUGGGGAAUCAUCUCCACUGCCAUGUUCAAGGUUUCCUAUUCGUAUACCGGCCUUUCCAACGUUAACAACGUUCUCAACGAGGUCAAGAAUCCGGUCAAAACUCUUAAAUCUGCAGCCACAGCUGCACUUAUAACAUCGUGUCUUCUAUAUCUCCUAGUCAACAUUGCCUACUUUCUGGUUGUCCCAAUUGAGGAUAUCAAACAUUCUGGGGAAUUGAUCGCUGCUCUGUUUUUUGAACGAGUGUUCGGCCCCGACGUUGGAAGGGUGCUGCUACCAUUGGCAAUAGCAACCUCGGCGGCGGGAAAUGUUAUGGUUGUGACAUUUAGUCAUGCUCGAGUCGUGCAAGAGAUAGCACGACAGGGAUUUCUUCCUUUCUCACAGUUCAUAUCUUCCUCCAAACCUUUCGGAGCGCCGAUGGGUGCUCUAAUUACGCAUUACAUCCCUUCCUUCCUGGUUAUCAUCAUUCCUGCUACCAACAUCUAUUCCUUUAUCCUGGACGUUGAGGGUUAUCCGGGGCAGUUCUUCGCUAUAGCUGGCUCCGUUGGCUUAAUCUGGCUUCGAUUCAAAAUGCCCGAUUUGAGGAGGCCAUAUAAGGCGUUUCUUCCUGCGGUCGGGUUCCAGAUCGUGCACUCGAUUUCCGUGAUAUUUGCACCCUUUAUACCACGGGAAGGGUUGAAUUGGAGGCAACAUCUCUCUGCAGUUAGUUACGCCUUCGUGGGGACUGCGAUUCUUUUGUUUGGCGUUUUAUAUUGGUAUAUUUGGACGGUAUGGAUACCACGCCGGAACGGCUGUACUCUUGAAGAGACAGUAGCUACUUUAGGCGAUGGAACGACGGUUACGAAGCUUGUAUGGGUGCCUAUUGGAUCCAAGCCGGUACCCACAACUGAGCAAGGGGCAUACGAUGAAUGA